AUUGAUCCUACAUUAAUUAUACUCAAAUUGUCCCAGUUAUCCUUUCAAUCUCCAUUGAGAAAAAAAAUGAACUUAAUAUUUGCUGUUAAUCCUACUAGUUUAACCCCAUUUUUAUCUAUAUCAACUGAUUUCAAUAAGACCAACUUACAGAAAACCGAAUUGAUUUUGAAUGAUUUAAAUAACGACAACAUUUUUUUCAGUUCUUUUUUACCUGUGCCCGAGAAAAAAAAUCUAGAUUAUUUAAUAGUUUUCUAUAAACAAAAUUACUUGAACAAAUUUAAUAACGAUCCUAUUUUAUUAACAAUAAAUAAAGAAUUGAUGACAAAAUACCUUUCUACUAGUUAUCCAGAUAGUUUUAGCACUAAUGAUCAGGAUAAGGAGAAUGAUAGUUAUAGAAAUUUCAUAAUUCAGCAAGCGUGUUUAACUGGAUUUAGAAUUAGUGAUUAUAAAAAUGCCAAACUAUUUUAUGUGGAAGCAUUUAAGAAAAAUAAAGAAGGGACAUUGUAUUUUUUACAAGAUUAUAUACUAUUUGGAUUUAAAAAACCAAUAUUGAUUUUCAGUUCAAAGGAUAUCACAUCAAUAAGUUAUUCAUCUAUUACAAGGUUGACGUUUAAUAUUACAUUAAUUAUUAAAGAUGAAGAAAAAAUUGAGUUUAGUAUGAUUGAUCAAUCUGAAUUUGGUAAAAUCGAUAAAUAUAUCAAAGAUAAACAAGUUGUUGAUAAAUCAAUGGCAGAUGAAUUAAAGGCUAAA